AUGGACGCGGAGAAGCUAAUCAAGUUGUCUGAAGAUGGGGCCAACGCUUCCACUUCUGACGGAGAAGACUUGCGGCACCGCCUUGGCAAUGGCAUCCUUGCCGGCCGGCGUAAUGGCUAUAGUCCUCGGAGCAACGGUUAUGCUGUACAUGGCUAUGCUAGUGGGCAGAUGCUGGGUGAUUAUGAUGGAAACUUGGCCCGAUCAGUACAGUCAUUAGAAAGUGAGACGUGUUUUUUGUACCCUGCUAUAGCCAAGGAGGCCGGUGGUCGUUUCUGGGAAAUAGCUACUCUGAUCUCAGUGGACUUCACAAACUUUGGAACUGCUGUCGUAAUGCUUCUCGCUGCAGCAUCAACAGCAGAUGUGUUAUUGCCUGAUCACUUCUCUGUCAGAGUGUGGGCAGUGUUAGGGGCAAUUAUUCUUCUGCCUUUGGUCUGUUUCGGCACUAUGAUGGAUGCAUGGUGGCUGGGAACAUCGGGCGUGCCAGUAACAACCUCUGCGUCACUCACUAUGCUUCUUGCGGUGAUUCUGAGCAAAGUAUACCCUGAAAACACAAUGUCACCUCCCGGCUCACAAAUAGUCAGUAAUGCGACCACGAUGAUAUUUCAAACGAACAUGACGUCAUCUCCCUGGACGAUGACAUCAUCACCAAUAGAAUCAACAGUAUCUACUAUUCCGUUCCAGGAGAGCGGCAGUAACAUCACGUUCGCGUCAUUCUGGAUUGGUCUGUCCACGAUAGUAUUUGCCAUGUCGCCGAUGUCCGUCACACCCACAGUGCAACACGACAUGCGCAAGCCGGAACACUACACACGCGCCGUCUUCCCUGCGUUCACCAAUUCCAUUCUGAUGUGCUUGUCUAUCGGCGUGGUUGGCGUGGAGGCUUUCGGCCAACACUCCCAUCCAAACACACUCAGCAGCGUGCGGUGUCGCAGCUCCCCAACAGUGCAGGUCGUCCUCAAGGUUAGCUCUGUGCUAAAUUGUAUAUACAGCCUGAGUUACGCACUGUUGUCACUGCUACCACUUUCACAACAUCUGGAGGAGGCACUGAAUCUACCUGCAAAAGUUGGCUUCAAGCACAUCCUGGCUCGUGCAAGCACCUUAGUGCUUACUCUUGCUAUGGGCUUGGCUCUGCCUGAGUUCCACAAGUAUGCCGCGUUGAUUGGUGCAUCGUCAAUGGCGCUCAACAACUUCAUCUUUCCUCCACUGUUCUACUACUGGAUUGUGAAGAAAGCUACCGGUGCCACCUUGCACCGUGCUCAGAUAGGUUUCUUUCUAUUUGUGCUGGUCGUUGGUGCAAUUACUGGACUGGCUGGGACCUAUGCUGCAAUGAGGAAUAUUAUUGUGAAUACAAGACCCCCUACAUGUUAGUUCCGUGUAGCAAGAUGUGGAAGUCCUGCACACAGGCAUGGGCUCUGAACUUCACACCCUCCCUGCCCUGAGGCCUGGUAUAGGAAAGUAGGCAUCUCGUUAAAAUUCUCGCCUUCAAAUAAAUCUCGGGAAGGA